GCGCCAUCCUUCAGCCGCCGUUUUUUUUUUUCGUCAUUCGCUCUUCUUCCCUCCUGCAACGCUUGAUAAUUUAUUUGCCAGACUUGUACGGCGUGAAUUUCGUCUCAUUGUUAUUUCUCUUCACUACUUUGCGCCAUAAUUCUAAUAUAACUAUAAAAAAGGGACCAGAAACAGUCAACAAUGGGCGUACCAUCACCCAAGCAGGCGUCACCGCCCGUCAGCGACUUAGAGCGUGGCGAUGAACGCACCCCGCUGCUUGCCAGAUAUAUGUCCAACGAAGAUACAUGUGUUGAAGAGACGCAAGGAGUUGCUGCAGCAAAAGAUCCCAGCUUUACAGAUGCCCUCAAGGACGAGACUGUGGUCGAGGCGUGGUGGACUGAAGUCAGAGUCAUGGCAUCGUCGUCCUCAAACAUGGCUGUUACGUUCUUCCUGCAGUACUCCAUUAACUUUAUGAGCGUCUUUGCAGCUGGUCGACUGGGCAAAGUCGAACUUGGCGCUGUUGCCUUGGCCAAUAUGACGACGGGCGUUACCUGUCUUGCACCGUUUCUCGGCCUAGCGACAGCCCUCGACACGCUUUGCCCACAAGCCUUUGGUGAUGGCCGGAAGCACCUCGUUGGACUGCAUUGCCAACGCCUGACCUUGCUUCUCUUCACUUGCGCUGUCCCCGUCAGCAUCUUCUGGUACAUGUCAGAACCGCUGUUUGCCAGUCUCCUUGGCAAUGAGGAGACGGCUAGGUUGACGUGUCUGUAUUUGAGGGUCAUGAUCCUGUCGCUCCCGGGAACUAUUGUUUACGAGACCGGUAAGCGAAUGCUACAGGCUCAGGGAAUGUUCAGACAGACCAGCUACGUGCUCUUCAUUACAGCGCCGCUCAAUCUCAUCGCAAACUGGCUUCUUGUCUGGAAGCUCGAACUCGGGUAUAUUGGGGCCCCGUUGGCGGUGACAUUUUCUAGAAACUUGCUUGCGCUCUUGCUCGUGCUCUACAUCCGCUAUGUCAACGGUAGCCAGUGCUGGGGUGGUUUCGACAAGCGCGCCAUGACCAACUGGGGCCCCAUGGUGUGGCUGGCUCUUCCAGGAAUGACCAUGGUUCUGGCCGAAUGGGGUGCCUUUGAGAUCAUGACGUUUCUCGCCAGCCGCUUUGGCACAGAUUACCUUGCCGCCCAGAGCAUCCUUGGCAGCAGCGCCGCCAUCUCCUUCCAGAUUCCCUUUGCCAUGUCCGUCGCGACGUCUACCCGCAUUGCCAACUUGAUUGGCGCUGGCCUUGUCGACAGAGCCAAACUAGCUGCUCGAAUUGCAAUCAUCGCGUUCUGGCUCGUCAGUAUGGUUAUCUGCGCGUUGUACAUUUCUUUGCGCUACUACAUCCCGUGGGUAUUUACGAGCGAAUCCGAAGUCAUCGAACUGGCAGCGAGAGUCAUGCCUAUCGUUGGCGCUAUGCAGCUCGUCGACGUGGUAGCCACAGGCAUGAAUGGUCUUCUUCGCGGUGUUGGCAAACAGUCCAUUGGAGGACCAACAAACGUUUUUGCAUACUAUGUUGUCUCCCUACCGCUUUCGCUAUGGCUCAUGACCAGCUUUGGCUGGAAGCUAGAGGCUUUAUGGACUGGCGUUACUGUUGCUUUAUUUUUGGUUAUUGUCAUUGAGGGGGCAUUUUUGCUACGCGUCGAUUGGGACGCUGCCUCGGCAGAAGCCAAAAAGCGAAAUGAGGCUAACUAACUUUCUCAACUGGAACAAAAAGUGUUUGCAUAGCGAGGUUUGCAUUGUAUUUUAUAUAUAUGGCGGCAUCUAUUUAACAUAGACAUCUAGCUACAUAAGGAGUUGGUUACUAAUAACAUUGCAAUUGGAUCGUACCGUUUUCCUACAACCAAGUUAAAAGCCCUCAGAGGGUGCCUUGACAAGAGCCAAGUUGUAGGGGUGCUGGACCUUGGCACCCUGGUGCUUGAGCGGCUCGUUUUUGAACCGGGCGUCCACCCAGGCAAGCCAUUCAGCCGCUGCAGCUGCAAUGACUGGAGAAUGUUCCAUACCAGGAUAUUCCGAGAGAGAUAUCCCACUACCGGCCUUGCGAGCCAUUUCGUAGACCGUCCUGGUGACUUCGGGUAGCACCGACGUAUCGUUGAGGCCUUGGACCACGAGGAGAGGGUGAGAGCUACGCGUACCAUUCACAGCAGGUGCCAUUUUGUCUUGCCACUCGAGGUAUAAGGGCGCGUCGCGGCGAAUACCGUCCCAAGAGACCAUUUCCUCUGCGAGGAGAUCAGAACUCAGACCCAUCAAGCCCGAAAAGCACAACUGAGCAGUGUCGGAAAUAGUCAUACGCUGCAACAGCGGUUCGCCAAGAAUGGUUAGAUUGUAUGAUGGCAUGUACCGCUGCAUGGCCUUUGCGUGGUAGGAGAUGUAACCAAGGAAAGAGCCUUUCUUUUGCAAGAUCUGGAGAAACAUAUCCCAGACGCGGGUUGCAGGUGCGAUUGCCACUGAGCCGAGGAAAUGCUUGUCGUGCUUGAUCAAGUCGCUUUCUGACAGUUUCCAGACAGCACCGCCGCCUUGCGAGUGUCCAACAGCUACCCAUUGUUUGGUGAAAAUAUCGAGAGCCUGACGGGCAGCCAUGACGGAAUAGUAUGUGUCGGCCGCCUGUGAUGUGAGGCUAAUGUACUUGUGGGAAGUAUAGUUAUUUCCCAGCCCUGCGUAGUCCGUCGCAAUGACGGCAUACCCACGCUCCACGAGCAGCUGCCAGGAGUCAUAGUCGUAGAGACCAGGACCGUUGGACGGCGCGCAGCCCCGGUAGAUGCCGCUGGUGCCAUGGGCAAACGCCACCAAGGGAUACCUGCCGUGCAGGUCAAGAUGGGAAGCAGGGGUAUAGGGGAGAGCGAUGAAGCCGGUUACAGGGACCAAGGAACCAUCAAGAUCUUUAGACGUGUAUUGGAUGCGGAAGAUGGUGGUUCCUGAGCGGAUCUGAAGCGGUUGAGGGUCUAGCGGCUUCAACUUGAGCAGAUCGCCCGCCUUCGAUGUGGUAAAGUUGGCCGCAGUUUCGUAAAAGCCAAAGUCAAAGUCUGGGCCGAAGGUUGCGAGAUCUUCAAUGUCUGCCGCAGCGAUGUUGCUCUGGCAUUUUGGUCCGCAGCCAUGUGCGAGGGCGAAUUCGCUGCUCACAUUAUAGUUGGAGCCAGGCGUAGCACUUGCCCAGAGGGCCAAGGCGAGGUUGAGGAGGAUUUGUGCAAACAUAUUGGAAGAAUUGGUCGGAUUUUCAAGCCCAAAGAAAACGCAAGGGAUGCUUUGGGUGCUGCUGUUGCUGUGAUGCAACGCAAGCUGUUUUUAUAAGUGAUUGCCGGUCUCCGGGGGGUUUUGCACCAAACCUCCCGGUUCGCUUACGCUAGUGGCGCACUGCCACCCGACUCGGCAUCUGGGGGUGGGAAAGUUGGCAAAUCAAGAGAAAAUCUCCACCGGAAGCCAAUCAUUGCGGCAGGGGAAAUAUGCGGCCUAGAUCAUACCAGUAUAUUUCGCUGCUGGGGCCCCAUGCUUGGUUGAAAGCGGCUAGCAUCGCAGUUGAUCUCUCUAGGAAGAUGUCGGAGUAUCCGGAAAUGGGCGAUAGCUGCGCCAUCUUGUCCGCUGCUCGUGGUUGGCCCGCGUACUGGAGACAGGCAAUAGCCAGGGCCAAAUCGAUGCAUCUCGGUACUGAAUGUGUGGCUGAUUUAGUCGUCGUCAGCAAGUUCAGAAUUUGCGACGACAUGGCCUCUGCCACGGGAUCUUGGCGCCGGAAAGGAUGCCGAAGAUGAUGUAAAAUGAGCAGUGCGCUCGUCCGCAGCACUUCAGCUUGGCAAAUCAUGUGGGAUAUUUCCAUUGGCGUAUACUGGGACAUGAACCCCUGUGGCAUCUCGGGCUCCCAGAUUGAAACGAGGCUUUCUAGCUUCAGCAUGGCCGUCUGAUGGGCGUGUGAAGCUCGCGCGUUGGACCGAUCCAAUGACAUUUCAUAUGAAAGCACUGCGAGGUCAUAGAGGAGACCCAGCAGGCCGGUCGAGAUGCCAACGUAGCGAUCUGCGGGAGCAUUUGUGAGCGAUUUCCGGUAUCUUAAAGCUGGCGGCUGACAACAGAGCAACGACUCGGCAACAUCUGUGAGAACGAGAGACGUAAGGAAGCCAGUGACGGCUGGAUCGGCACUUUGCAUUAUGACAUCAUCCUCGUAGAUAGGCUUAAUAAGGUCCAACGUUCGUUGGCAUAUGCUGCGUGAAUCCGCAACCUGUAGCCGCAGAGCAAAUGUAACGAUAUGGCCACCAAGCACCAAGCAAUCGCGCAUGUCAUCCACAUUUCUCACUGUAAAUGUUCGUAAUGCUGCUACAGCGGACGAGGCAAAUAUGUAUUCUUGUUUUGUGCUAUUGGUAUCUUUGGAUACGCCGCCGGGCUGGUAGUGGUCGUCGUAUUGGCAUGCCGCCGCCGCCAGAUAGGAAUCCGCGAGACGCUGGGGCGCUGCGCAUAGUGUCGAGACGAGAUACUGCCGAUGGGUUUCGUAAAAGCUAGGUCCGAUGACAUAUCGGCCCAUCACCCGGUUAUCACCUAUGCAAGCAAUAAGUUUGGCUGCAGAUGCACUAAUAUCGAAAGCCUUGCUCUUGGAUAUGUCUUCAACCGUUGCCAGCAGCGUUGGGCUGGGUGUCGGCGUAUGUGUGCUAGUGCGGCAACGGCGCGUGGUAGCAGACAUCAAAGGACGUCCGGGGCGUUUGGUAUUGCGUUCUAAAGUGCAUGUAAAGUUGAGACGUGCGCAUCGCUCGCACUUGCUCGCAGCAGAUGGCCGGCUGCAUCUUUCUUUGGAGGCGUGACACCGAUCGCACGACCGUGGGACCUGUGACUUGUGCACCAUUGUUGAGUGUAUGGAAGGGAAAUAUGAUCGGAAGCAACGGAAGCUAUUGGAUUGUGAAUCACAUAUUGCGGAAGGCUUUCUAGCGGCGGAAAAGGCGUGGUAAUAAGCAAAAGGGAA